UUAUUUUCUCCUCCUCCGUAGUGGGUGGCAUGCAGGAUCCAGGCAGUAUAUGAGACUCAGAGAGUGUAGCCCAACACGCUCCCCAACUUGCAAGGGUCACUUGUGCAAAAUCUUAUCCCUUCAAGAUUAUAUAACCCUAUUUUAAGAUGGCAUAAUCUUCAAGUCAAUCUAGCAAGAUCCAUGUCCAUCUUAUUAUAAAGCAUAAAAAUCAAACUUUGUAAGAAAACAAUCUAACUUGCCACUAGCCAGCUGGGUGUUUAUACGACAGCGGCCUCAGAAAAAGCAAUGCCAUACAGCUUCCUUCCAAUAUGCAAACACUAUAUAUAUUCCCCCACCAACAAUCAAAACCUUCAUCAACAAUCAAAGCCUUCUAUCCACAACUCAUUCAAGUUUCUUCUCCAGCAAUCAAAGCCUUCAUCUCUCUCUCUCUCUCUCUCUCUCUCUCUCUCUCUCUCUCUCUCUCUCUCUCUCAAAUGGGUGCUUCUCAGCAGUUUUCCUCUCUUAGCUGUAAACUAACCAUCAAACAAGCAAAACAAGUGGAAUUCAAGUCCACGGGAUCUCUCUUUGUUAGAUGCUAUAUUUCUGCAGGAAACAACAAAAGAAUUCGGCUUAACAGUCGGGAAAUCUCCUCCAGGUCCGAUCUCUCUUGGAAUGAGUCCUUCUCAUUGGAUUGCUUUGGUACCCACGACAACAUGGACAACCAAAAGCAAGAAAACGUGAUUUUCGAGCUCCGGUGGAGAAACAAAGUGCCCGUUCUUGGGAGGAAUAUUAUUGGGGGCUCAAAACUCUUGGGUAGGGCAGAGAUUCCAUGGAAAGAAGUCUAUGAGUCACCAAACAUGGAGAUGGAGAAGUGGAUCACGAUGAUUCCCACGAGUGGAUGUGUACUUGUUGAAGGUGUCAAGCCACCUAAGCUGCAAGUGGGAAUAAAAGUUGAAGUUCCUGCAAUGGUGGAAAAGGAGAGGAGGAGAUCAUCAAAUUAUGGGAAGGGAAAGAAGUGGGAUGAGUGUGGAUGCAAAGAUGGUCAUGGGCAUGGCUGCAGUUGUGAAGAUUAUAAUAUUUUUGCACUAGCGGCUGCUCUGGAGGCAUUUUAGGCGCAACGACAUAUAACAUAUAACAUAUAACAUGUAAUGGUUAUUGGUUGGUGUCGACACUAGUUUUGCCUUAUUAUUGUUUUAUUAAUUGUAUUCGGGACGUUGAGUUUUGUACUUAAGAGAUUAAUGUAUAUUUGAGAUCUUGAAGAAAUGAAAUGGCCUCAGCUUUGAUGUCUUUCCUUUCCUUAUUUUUUUUUUUUUUCGUUUUUUAAUCCUCAGUAUAGUUGAGCUAGUUUUCAUUUAGUUCGGUACAGUCCUU